CCGGCGUUGGUCAUCAUAUUGAGCAAGGUAAGCGGCUCACACACCCGCCUCAUGACACCGACCUACCCUCUCCGCGAGACAAUUCAAUGCUCGCCUACCUCCGCGAGGAGUUCGACAAGGGUAGCGCGCUCACCGGCGAACCAUUCAACAUCCGGUACGAGCUAGGUAUGUUCCACCGGGACCUCUGCCAGCGACUCACGAUGUACCACUACCACCGCCUGCGCAGCGUCGGUCCCAUCACAAGACAAGUCGUCGCUGCACGAGCCAAUAGCCUCUGGGCGAGCAACCCGUCUCUCCGCCGCUUCGAGCAGCAGCACGAGACGGUACCAUGGGGCGUUCCCGUGCCCUUUCUAACCUUCCGGCUUCUCAGCUUUCUCCCGGCGCCCAUCGAGCCCGGCCCAGGGCUGGAGCGGUCGUGGGUCAGUCAGUUCCAGAUUGUCUGUAGUCCAAUCGCCCGCAUCGCCUACGUCCGGAUUAAGCCGGGCCGUGGUUAUACUGUGAACGGGAUGACGGUCGAGGAGGCGGAGUGGAUGAUUGGCGGGAUGAGGCUUCUCCACGUGGAAAUGCUGAGUAUCUUGGGGCUCUGUCGUCACCAACCGAUGUUCUGGUCGGGUGAAGAUUUGGCUGCGUUUGCGCAGGAUGUCUUUGAUGGUGCUGCGGUGAAAGGGAGAGUUCAUUUGGAUGCGAUCUCGAGUGCCAAGGAGCAUUGGAGGCUUAUCCGGGAGAUGGAAGGUGUUUGAUCUCCCUUUAGCUUUUUGGGCGGACUGAGAGAGAGCUUCAAUGGGAGCAUUUUGUCGUUUAUUAUUGCUUUCCUGAAUCAGGGUAGAUUUCUUCUAGUUUGUUAGUCAUGGUAGACUUUGGGUGGUCGAUGUUCAAGUAUCCAAUCAUUGUUUUUGUGUUUCAACUCUGAAAUAUGCACCCGCAAAUCGAAGAGUGCAAGCAUCCCAUUUGCUUGACUUGUCGCUAGAUAGGAAGUGGCAGACGACGAACAAAUAAACCGAAGUGGAGGUAGAAGUUCGAACGUGGAAUCGUUGUCUACCCCUGUCGCCAAUGCCGGACGGAUC